AUGAGAAAAGCGAUAAAUUUAUUAAAAACAAUUCUUCCUGAAAAUGCAUUUUUUGGACGCGGUUCAUUGGGUCUAAUUAUUUUUCUAACAGAUGAUUCCAAUGCAGAACGUAAUGCUCUAAAACAUGUUAACCUCAAGGAAUCUGACUUUUGUACAUGUUUCACAUUCUACAGGCAUUUUGGAGAAAUGGAUUCAAACUACUAUGAAUUUGCACAGACAUUUUAUUACGUUUACCCUCUAUUCCAAAAACAUUUUGAAUUCUUGUGGGAACGUCAUCAGUGUUAUGCAUUAUCCUUUCGAGUUGGACUACCAACUCGAAAGAAUAACACAAAUAAUUAUGUAGAACAUUCUAUGAGCGGAGACUACUUGAAAUUGCGCAUAAACAUCCUAGACACUUACGUGUUGCAAAACGUUUUUUGUGUCCUGGCUGGGAAAGAUGAGAUCGGGACAUGUACUUGUCCUAUUAGAGUAUCUGGAGCGCCCUGCAAACAUCAGGGUGCAGUUGCAAUGAAAUAUCACAUCGCAAUACUCAACUCUAUACCUUCAUUGACAUCUGAAGUUCGUAUGAUAUAUGCCUAUGUUGCUUGUUCUUUUUAUGCAUUAUUGCGACCAAUAUCCACUCCACAGGUUCAAGAAUCUACAUUGCAAGAUAUUUACCCUAAUAAUAUUCUUGAUGAACAUAUUGAACGGAGGGUUCCUAACGAAGAAAGUACUGAUAUUGAUUAUACUUCGUUUGUUACAUUUUUAGAGGAAGUUAAAUCAGACUAUCAAAUUGCUAGUCCUCAGUUACGCACUGCACUAGAUAAGUUUGCAGAGCGAUAUUGUUCAGCAAAAUCAAAGUCUUUUCCCCAGCUUACUUGUUAUCUCUAUGACCUUAAUCGUAGUUUAAACCCAACAGCCCGUGUUAAAAGUGGUUCAAUGAUCCGUGUCCAAGUUGAAUCCGUUAAAAGGCGAAAGACUAAAGGUUCUGGUGGUAGAAAGCGAAAACUACCUAAUACUAUUUGUGAUGAAAAGGAAACUUUGAACCCCCAUGUUAUUCCUGCACGAAAAAGAGGUUGA